UUACAUUUCGCCUGUUACUCUGGAUGAAGAUGGACGUCUUUAUCAGAGGCAUUUUUGUGCUUGCAUUUACUUUUCUUGUAGGUCAGGCGAUCUGCGGCUUGGAUAGAGAAUUCCUUCGCUCUAGAGAUGAAGACGUGGAGGAGUUCGAUAUAACUUCUGAUGACAUUACUAUUGAUGCUGGUGUCACAGAGGAUUUUUAUACUGAAGACAGAACCAAGAGUAGCGUUGCAGAGAGUGAAGAAAAUGUCGACAAUUCCCGAGUCGUUAAAACGCUAGCUGUAACAAAUGGUGGUCCGUGGGGCAAGUGGGGCCCCGCACAGUACUGUCCAAAAGGGUCUUACGCCAUCGGUUACGACAUGAAGAUUGAACCAAAACAAAAGGUUGACAACACAGCGUUGAAUGCCAUCAAGCUUGUCUGUGAAUCUUUAGACGGGGAUGAAACUGGUGAGAUCACGUCAACCCAGGGACACUGGGGUUCUUGGGUUGGACGAACGCUCUGUCCAUCCGAAUCGGGCGAACGUCUGCAUCUAACCUCCUUUGAUCUUCAAGUGCAGCCAAAACGGGGUGCAUUUAAAGACGACACUGCCGCCAACUACGUGAAGUUCAGAUGCCGUUGUGGAUGUGGACACCAGUACGAAAUAAACAAACCGCCAGGACAUGGUUUAUUUGGCACAUGGGGAGCAUGGAGCGACGAGUGUCCGCACGGCACUUCAAUUUGUGGAAUCAAGACAAAAGUGGAAAAGCCUCGAGGCCCAUUCCGCGACGAUACCGCUCUGAAUGAUGUCAAAUUUUACUGCUGUAAAUAAGCUGUGUGAUAUCACGCUGAAAUUAAGAACACCAGGAAACGGUGCUUUAUUUCUAAUAUACGUUUCUAGUCAAUUUAUAUACAAAAUACAAUUUUACUCAGAACAAUACUUACCGUAUCUGGGCUAUAAUGAUAUAUACUGUAUAAGUAAAGUUUCAAAACACCAACUGAAUGAUCUCUUUUUAAAGUUUCAAACCAUCCAGUUCACAAAAGAAACGUAAAAGCAUCUGCUUUUCAAAAAAACGUUUUAUCUUGAAAUGAUCAAUUAACAGUUUCAUUUUAUGAUCUAUAUUUGUUACGACCAAACAUUUACAUUGAACAUUGAAAAAAAAUCGUUUCAUAAGUGGAUACAAAAAUGUACAUUUUUAAAGCUAACUUGUAUCUUAGAUACAUUCAACCAGACAGACGAGCACACAUAUGCUAGUUGCUUUCUUAAUUUAUGUCCUAAUUUAAAUUAACUUGAAGACUCAGAAUGUUAUACGGCAAUUCUCUUUUCUCUUUAGGGUCUGCAGCAUGCUUUUAAUAACUUGUAUCUAAUGUCUACCAAAUGUUAUCAUAUAAUUAUUUGAGCCGUGUCAUGGGAAAACCAACAUAAUGGCUUUGCGACCAGCAUGGAUCAAGUCUGGUCAGGAUCCAUGCUGUUCGCUUUCAAAGCCUAUUACUAUUAGAGAAAAUGUUAGCGAACAGCACGGAUCCUGACCAGACUGCGCGGAUGCGCAGGCUGGUCUGGAUCCAUGCUGGUCGCAAAGCCACUAUGUUGAUUUUCUCAUGGCAUGGCUCAUUUAUGUUAUUUAUAUUAAUACGAGUAUUUCAAUAAAUAGAAUCUGCAACGAUUAAA